AUGAAGACAUCUCGGAAACCGGUUGGUAGCAUAAUGAGGAAAUACUAUCAGCUGAUCCUUAUCAUAGUGUGUUUUUUGAGUAUAAUUACUCUUCUCAUUUAUCGUCAUGAAUAUUAUCGUCUUCGAUAUGUGUUAGAAGUACUCAAUUUCUUCGGCAAACCAGGCUUAUCAGAGAUCGAGUUCUGCGGCCCUGGCUUCAACGCUACUAUGUUAUCGGAAAUACUUCGCAACACAUCUAUGGAAGUUCGAGAAACCCCGCCCUUAUUUCAAGAAAUUGAUGAAAACUUUUAUUCAUAUUCAUCUUUCUUAAGAUCUUAUAAUAAGUAUAAUAAACUUUCACCUACUAAUGCACAUAUUAUAGAUACAAUAGUCAUAGGAAAAGCUUCAGCGACACCUAACUAUCGUUGCAAUAUAUGGCUUGAAAAUAAUCCAAAGCCUAAAGCUGGCAGAUUCAAUUAUAAAAUAGUAUCAGAACCAGUCAACAACUACCGUUUGUAUAUAUUUCAGUGUUCACUUAUGAAAAACUUUGGUAAACCAAAAGGAAUAAGUUAUUAUGUCAAUGAUUAUAACAUAAAUCCGAUGCAUGCACCAAUUAAUAAAGUCAUUCAAGUUAACACUAAAAGGAAGCCAAGGGAGAAUAGUAAUAUAAAAUUUGUUAAUAAUAUUGAACCUGCAAUAUGUGUUAUACCUAACCAUGUUCCUAUAGUUUCUAGAGAUGAAUUUAUUGAAUUUCUAGUAUUUCAUCACAUUAUUGGGGUCAACUACUUUACGAUUUAUGAUAGUAUGAUAUCAGAAGAUGUUACAAGAAGACUGAAUUUGUUUCCAUCUGAUAUAACUCAGUGGGAAAUCCAAUUUUACCCAUUGAAUUAUCCGUUUCUAUUCUCAAAAUCAUAUAAAAUUGUUAGGAAUGCAAUAGAACUAGAUUGUUUGUUCAGACAUUUUAGAUAUGAUAAAGAAGAAUCUAAUAAAGUAAGCCAUGUAGCUGUGCUUUCAUGGGAUGAGUUUUUAGUGCCAAGAGUCCAUAAUAACUUCAAAGCAGUUUUGGAUGACUUUGAUCCAACAAGAUCUCUUCGAACCUAUGUUGUGGAACCUUUAGUGUUUUGUUUGAAUCAAAAUGAUGAUGAUAAUGCAGAAUUAGGAUACCCAGAUAUAAUGAAGAAGACUCAUUAUUAUACAAUGCCUCAAGAGAAAGUUGCAAUACAAAUCAGAAAUUUUGACACUAUGUCAGCAUUUGAAGAUCUUUUUAAUUUAACCUCUAAUUCUAAAAAUAUUCCUUUGGAACAACUAGGAGCACACAAAUAUAGUAUAUGUAAGGAUCCAAAGAAAUUUAAUCCAGAUGGUUAUAAUGAAACAGAAAUGCAGGUUUUUCAACAUAAGUUUGAAGGAGCCAUGUUGAAAUUUGGACAAAACUUAGUAAGUAAUAAAAUAUACAGAUUAUACAGGUCUGGCCAAAUUUGGGAGAAAAAUUAUAAUGAUAAUGUCAGAGACAUACUC